ACUUGCUUCUAAUUACCAGUGGAUGUAAACUUGGAUUGGCUCCAAGGAGUCUGAGAUUAUGUCCAAACACUUCAGUAAUCAGUAGCAUUAAAGACUCUUAAAUGGGGCUUCCCUGGUGGCGCAGUGGUUGAGAGUCUGCCUGCCAGUGCAGGGGACGCGGGUUCGAGCCCUGGUCUGGGAGGAUCCCACAUGCCGCGGAGCAACUGGGCCCGUGAGCCACAACUACUGAGCCUGCGCAUCUGGAGCCUGUGCUCCGCAACAAGAGAGGCCGCGAUAGUGAGAGGCCCGCAAACCGUGAUGAAGAGUGGCCCCCACUUGCCACAACUAGAGAAAGCCCUCGCACAGAAAUGAAGACCUAACACAGCCAUAAAUAAAUAAAUAAAUUUUAAAAAAUUAAAAAAAAAGAAUAACAGCAGAUACUAUUUAUUAAAAAAAAAAAAUCUCGCCAAUUCCCUCAUGGAUCCCCCACACCUUAAGAAGGAUGGAGCCUCCUCCCCGCCUGCCCCCCGUUGAUUUCCCAGCGCUCCGCGCGAUGCUACUUGGCUUUUUUCCUGGUGCUUCUAGUGGGGAGCGCCACUCCUUGAGCCUUUACCCUUACAUUACCCAGAAGAAGUUGCGCUAAGGCGAAGUUCAUCCAAUGAAAAUCUAGAAAAUGGACAUUUCCGGGAGGGAGAACAUCAGGGAGGAGGACUUCCGGUGUCUUCGUGGCGGACGUUUUGAUUGUUGUUGAGACUGUGGACCUGAUCAAUAGUUCCGCUGUGCGGUGUUGAGAAAGAGGUGAGAGGCCUAGGAGGCGGAAGUGGACGGUUUAUGCGCACUACACGGGCGGGUCUUAGGGACGGGGACGACGCCGCCGCUUGCGGGGAGUAACCGUGCCAACUCCGACCCGGUCGCUGGUCUGUCGCCGUUCCGCUCCGCUCCGCGUAAAGGCUCCGAUGGCGGCGCCUGCGCUGACGGACCCACCUCAGGGCAGUGUGACCUUUGAGGAUGUGGCCGUGUACUUCUCCUGGGAGGAAUGGUGUCUUCCUGAUGAGGUUCAGAUACACCUGUACCUUGAUGUCAUGCUGGAGAACUUUGCAGUUGUAUGCAUUCUGGGUUCUUUUCCUGGAGUUGAGAAUGAAGAGAUGCCUUCUGAACAGAGCGUAUCUGCAGAAGGAGUGUCACAGAUGAGGACCCCCAGGGCAGGUUUGUCUCCUGAGAAGACCCAGCCCUGUAAGAUGUACAUUGCAGUCUUGAGAGACAUUUUGCACUUGGCUGAAGAGCAAGGAACAAAUAGGGAGCAGAAAGCAUACACAUGUGGGGCAUGUGGGAAACAGUUCUAUUUCACUGCAAACCUUCAAGAGCACCAGAAGCAGCACAUUAGAGAGAAUCCUGUAUGAUAUGGUAUGCGGAGACCCUCAUUUUGGAAAAGCUACUCAAUCCACACAAUAGGGAAUCUACCUACCUACAUGGAGAUUGGGUACAACUACGUGGCCAACAUGGAACUGUUCUGGGCAGUGUGAGGGACACGGAAGGACUAAGAAUGUCCAGUGUGACCCUACGUGGCCUGGUCUCCAAGCAUCCUCUUCCUAAGCCCUUGAUCCAUUGCCUCACUGUUCCUUCCAUCCCUCCAGAAAAAUGUUAACUCACCAACAUGAUGAUUUUUAAUUAGCAAGAACUUGCCCUCCCCCCCUUGGGACCCACACUUGAUCAACGUACCUUAAAAGCUAAGACUGAAUGCAGGCUGACCCCUCCCAUGAAGACUUAAAAACCUGUGUAUAAAACAAUUAUAAUUUUAGGGGCUUCCCUGGUGGUGCAUUGGUUAAGAAUCCCCCUGCCAAUGCAGGGGACACGGGUUAGAGCCCUGGGAUGGGAAUUUCCCACAUGCCACGGAGCAACUAAGCCCGCGUGCUACAACUACUGAAGCCUGCGUGCCUAGAACCCAUGCUCCGCAACAAAGAGAAGCCACUGCAAUGAGAAUCCCACGCACUACAACGAAGAGUAGCCCCCACUCGCCGGAACUAGAGAAAGCCCGUGCGCAGUAACGAAGACCCAAUGUAGCUAUAAACAAACAAACAUAAAUAAAUAAAUGUAUUUUUUUUA